UCUAAUACCGCAUACAAAAUUAAACACAAUCAGGAGCUUGGAGUUUAGUGGUGACAGUAAAUAAUUAUUUUUCCACAUAAUAAAUCCAACUAAAAAGUCUAAAAAUGACUGAGUGUUCAAUUGGAGUCUGUUUCGACGAUUUCGUAUUAAUUGCAGCUGAUUCGACCACCGCUCAAUCAAUUAUGGUCAUGAAAAACGAUGAAAAUAAAAUCUACAAGAUCUCAGACAAGUUGGUGAUGGCGGUGAUCGGCGAACAGGGAGAUUCUACUCAGUUCUCCGAGUACAUCGGGAAAAAUAUCCAGCUGUACAAAAUGCGCAACGGGUAUGAACUUUCACCGAAGGCUGCAGCGACAUUCACCCGCAGAAAACUCGCUGAUUACUUGCGCUCACGUACUCCGUACUUUGUGAAUUUGUUGAUGGCCGGGUAUGACACCGAAACUGGACCAGAGCUUUACUUCAUUGAUUACUUGGCAUCUUGCGUUAAAACACCCUAUGCUUGUCACGGUUACGGUGGCUUCUUCUCCCUGACUAUUCUCGAUAGAUAUUAUCGCUCUGAUAUGAAUGAACAUGAAGCAUACGACUUGCUGAAGAAAUGUGUCACUGAAGUUCACAAGCGUUUGAUCGUAAACUUACCAAACUUCAAAGUGCAAAAAGUAACCAAGGAAGGUGUAAUUGACCUCCCUUCAAUAACUGCACAGAAACUGGCCGUGGAAGUCGCUGCUAGGGAUUAAAAAAAAUUUUCUUUUGCUAUUUUUAAAUAUUCUUACUUAACUUGUAUCAACGUAAGGAUUAAAAUAAAUAAAAGUUCUUUAUACUUUA